AUGAGAUUAGAAAAUUAUAAAUAUAGUAAAAAAGCUUCGACGAUUAAAAGUGUUUUUCAAUCAGAAGAAAUGUAUAUUGAUUAUCAUAAUGGAAUAUUUGAAGACGCGAUCAAUUACUGUAAAAAAGAUCGAAAUCGUUGUUCGAAACAUAACAGAUGUAGAUGUGAUUUUUUUGAUUUAACAAAAAUUUGUUGCAAAUGUGAUGAGAGUUGUCUAGAAUUUCGAACAUUUGCACGAGUUGACGAUAAUUCUGGAACUGCACCACAUAUAAUCAAAGAAUUAUAUAACACAAUUCGAGAUAGUCAAAAGAAAUCGUUCAAAAGAUGCUUCACUCCUUGCAACAUUUAUAUUUGGGGAGACUCUAGAACAGGAAAAGACUAUCUCACUCAAUUACUUUUUCCAGACACGUACCAUAAAUCGCAUGAUGAUAAGCAUUGGUUCGAAGGUUAUAAAGAAGACAAAAUUGAUUAUGUAAUUGAAGUUUUGGAUGAUAAUGAAAAAUAUGAUUCAGAUGCAUCUAUGUCUUCAUUAUCUUCUAAUGACUCUGAGACAACGAGACGUAGAAAAAAAGAAAAAACU